AUGCCACCCUGCUUCUCAGAAUCCACUCUGACACCACACAGAGCCCUUGCAAUUGAUGUGGAUUUGGACUCGGAGGUGUUCGAAGACCUCGAUCCUCCUCGAGGUGCCUUUGAAGCAGACAACCCUUGCAUUUCGAACGGCCGUGCAGGGUGCCAACCCAGUGUUGGAGGCACCUACUGCCUCAACUGUCGUGCGAACACUGCACAUUUCGCCCCUCAGUACUAUGCCCAAGAACAGCAAUCCGAGCUUGCUGCUAGCAUUACCCACCAGCCAUGGGACUUCUCUGAAUCUGGACCGGCUGCUACUAUACGCGAAGCUGAUCCACCUGCAGAGUCAGCAGCUAUGAGCAGUGGGAUGACUCAGCGGCAGCCAUGGAGGCAUGAUGCAAAUGCACCUGCACUGCCACCAUCACCAAUGGUUGAGCCGCAGAGUGCGACGGGUCUUAUUGAUGUUCCUGAGAACCUAUAUGGCUCUGAUCUCGAAGCACCUGCCCCUCAUGAUGACACUGAAAGUGAUCAGGAUGAGGAAGCAUCCCUGGAAGAUGAGUUUCGCCUUGUUUCUGAUGACGGAGGGGAGGAUGAAGACAUGGAGCAUGGACAGGGGGCCUCGAUGUCUGGGUCUAUACAUACCUUGGUCAUUGUAUUAUCAUCAUCGAAAUGUCUGAUAGAUCCAGCAGCGGAUCUUCACACUCCCUACGCUCUCGAGGUACCAUUGAAGCAGCAGCAGCAUCUGGAACAUCCCAUAAGGCGCCUGCAGUGUGGUCAAAGGCAGAGGAGUGAUCGAAAGGAUGAUGUCUGGGCGCGUUUUACCAAGUCACAUCCUCAUGUAAAGCCCUUUAUGUCAAAGGGCUUUGAUCAUUUUGAGAUCAUGGAGCAGUUAAUGCCAAACCAGUCGAAGGGCGCACAUGUUUUCCGGCCCACCACAACUGCUGUCUCAACUUCAGUUCCCCCAGCAACAGAGAGCGCAGCACCAAGUGCAGCGCCUCCACCAGCAGGGCCACCAUCAUCAAUUAAUCCAGAUUCCAUCGCGCCACCUGUUCCAUCCACCUAUCUCACACCCUCUACUGAGGGUUCCACCACAGACUCAGCAUGGACGAGCAUCAGCCGUAGCAAACGUAAGUACAGCGCACUUGCUCCUGGCUCAGCCACCAGCUCCCAGAAACGAAGUCGGCCACCAUCUGCCACGUUAAUGGCACAACAGGAGGGUACUGAGACGAUGAAGAAUCUUGUAGAAGUAGUGCAUGAGAUGCAGAAGAAUUUCACACUAGCUCCUCCACCGCUCCCAAUGCCACAGCUAGUGCAGCCUGGAACGCACGUUGGGAGCGCCAUCGCCCUGCUCAACAAGUACACAAACCUUACCAGCAAAGAGCGCCUCUCCAUUGCCAACUUCCUAGCCGAACACGAGAACCAGGCCAUCAUUUUCUACUCGUUGGAUGAGGCAACAAGGCUUGAGUGGUUGGAGGAGAAGCGAGUCACAUCGGGGUGA